AUGCCCACAGAACUUGAAGAAUUGGUUGGGUUUCUACACUCACCGCAACCUGCUGUUGUUCAAAUAGCAUUGGAUAACCUUGUUGGGUUCUCUACCGGUGCUCAUCAACAAGUGUUUGCUUAUGACAAUCAUGAAGCAAUAAAAGAUCUUAAAAAAUUGAGUCAAUCCAAUAGUAAAACUUUGGUGAGACAAUCUGUCACCAUUCUUGCUAAUUUAUGCGAUGACAUAACUAUGAGAAACUUAAUUGUUGAAGAUUUGGACUAUUUGAAAUUUUUAGUGUUCAAGAUUGUCACUCUUGAAAACUCCAAUGCUGACAUCAUGUGCAUACUUUUGAAUAAUUUGGCCAAAAAUGACGCCAUAAACAAAGUAUUUGAGUUUGAAGUUGAGUUAAAUGAUGCUCAAAAGCAAGCAUUUAGUUCAUCAAAGGCUAUUGAUUGUUUAAUGGAUUGUUUUGUCAAGGGGAAUGAUUACAAGUUGAAUACACAUGCAAAUUUUGAUUACCUUGCGUACUUUUUUGCUGACUUGUCGAGGUAUCAGCAAGGACGUUCGUAUUUCAUUACUGAACAAGCCUAUGAUAAUGUCGUGCCCAUUUCGAAAUUGCUUGUCUUUACUGAAAAAUAUGACGAUAAAAUUAGAAGAGAAGGUGUCGCAUUCACCAUCAAGAAUGCGUUAUUUGAUACCAAUGCCCACAUGAGGUUAUUAACCGAUUCAAAAAUUAACAUACUACCGUUCUUACUUUUACCGUUGGCCGGCCCUGAAGAGAUUGAUGAAGAAGAAGUUUUCGACUUGCCUGAUGAAUUGCAAUUGUUACCUCCAGAUAAGACGAGGGAACCAUUAACAAGUAUUCAGUGUACUCAUUUAGAAUCUUUGCUUUUAUUGUGCACAACUAAACCAGCUAGGGAAUAUUUCAGGGAGAAGCGAGUAUACUCCAUUAUAAGAGAGUUGGAUAAAGCAAGUCAAGACGAAAAUGUGAGGGACUUGUGUAACAGGAUUGUCCAAUUGUUACAAAGAGAUGAAGCUCCCGAAUCAGCUGAAAUCGAAGCAAUGGAAAGUGACGAAGAUGAUGACAAAAUAGUGGAGAUUGUGUAG